CUUGCCGCCGCCUCCCAGGCAUGGCCCAGGGCUUCUCCGCACUAUGGCAGCAGCACGGCACAGCACCCUGGACUUCACGCUCGGCGGCAAAGCUGAUGGCGAAACCAUUCUAAAAGGCCUCCAGUCCAUUUUCCAGGAGCAGGGAAUGACGGAGUCGGUGCAUACCUGGCAGGACCAUGGCUACUUAGCAACGUACACCAACAAAAAUGGCAGCUUUGCCAAUUUGAGAAUCUACCCUCACGGAUUGGUGUUGCUGGAUCUUCAGAGUUAUGACAAUGACGCCGAAAGCAACAAAGAAAUUGACAGUCUUUUGAACAAAGUAGAAGAAAAAAUGAAAGCACUGAAUCAGGACAGUACUGCGAGGGUGAAGCGAUUGCCAUCCAUAGUUCGAGGAGGGCCAAUCGAUAGAUACUGGCCCACUGCCGAUGGGCGCCUGGUGGAGUAUGAUAUCGAUGAGGUAGUGUAUGAUGAAGAUUCACCUUAUCAGAACAUUAAGAUUCUUCACUCGAAGCAAUUUGGAAAUAUUCUCAUCCUCAGUGGGGAUGUCAAUUUGGCCGAGAGCGAUUUGGCGUAUACCCAGGCCAUCAUGGGCAGUGGGAAAGAAGAUUACACUGGCAAAGAUGUACUGAUUCUGGGGGGCGGAGAUGGAGGCAUUUUAUGUGAAAUAGUCAAACUGAAACCAAAGAUGGUCACCAUGGUCGAGAUUGACCAGAUGGUGAUUGAUGGGUGUAAGAAGUUCAUGCGAAAAACAUGUGGUGAGGUCUUAGACAAUCUUAAAGGGGAAUGCUAUCAGGUUCUAAUUGAAGACUGCAUUCCUGUCCUGAAGAAAUAUGCCAAAGAAGGGAGAGAGUUUGAUUAUGUGAUUAAUGAUUUGACUGCUGUUCCCAUCUCCACAUCUCCAGAGGAAGAUUCCACAUGGGAAUUUCUCCGACUCAUUCUUGACCUGUCGAUGAAAGUUUUGAAACAGGAUGGCAAGUACUUCACACAGGGGAACUGCGUCAAUUUGACCGAAGCCCUGUCCCUCUAUGAAGAACAGCUUGGGCGCCUGUAUUGUCCUGUGGAAUUCUCCAAGGAGAUUGUCUGUGUCCCUUCAUACUUGGAAUUGUGGGUAUUUUACACUGUGUGGAAGACAGCUAAACCUUGA